AUGUCGGAGGUCCGUAAGUUUGAAACAUGGGAUUAUGUGGUGUUUGCUCUGAUGCUUCUGGUCUCGGCAUUCAUCGGUAUAUUUUAUGCUGUAAAAGCCAGGAAGAACACUUCGACGGGAGAUUUCCUUAUGGCCAGUCGUGGAAUGAGCAUUAUUCCAGUAGCUGUCUCCAUUCUGGUGUCCUUUAUGUCCGCUAUUUUAAUUCUGGGAACCCCAGCUGAAAUGUAUACCGCAGGAACCCAGUAUUUUGUAUAUUUGAUUGGUAUGUGUGCUGCUAUAGUGAUAUCAGCUUUAGUAUUUGUCCCCCUUCUCUAUCCUCUAAAAAUAACAAGUUCGUUUGAGUAUCUGGAGAAACGAUUCAAUUCUAAAGCAGCUAAAGUUACUGGUACUCUGAUUAUGGUAGUCCAGCAGAUUCUGUAUAUGGGUAUAGCAUCCUUUGCUCCGUCCACAGCAUUAGAAGCAGUCACGGGCUUUCCAGUAUGGGCAACAAUUAUUACUGUUGGAUUAGUUUCAACCUUUUAUACAUCGCUGGGUGGAAUGAAAGCUGUAGUAUGGACUGACGUAUUUCAAUCUAGUGUUAUGUUAGCUGGGUUGUUGGCUAUAGUUAUUCAGGGCUCGAUAGUUGUUGGUGGUAUGUCAGAAGUAUGGUCUAUCAAUGAUGCAUGGGGUAGAAUUGAUUUUUUCGACUUCAAUCCUGAUCCAACACAACGUCAUUCGUUUUGGUCAUUGGUGGUAGGUGGUGCUAUUGGAUGGACCUCAACAUAUGGUGUUAAUCAAGCCAGUGUUCAAAGAUACUGUGCAUUGCCAACUUUACAAAAGGCAAAAAUAUCUGUGAUGUUAAAUGUGAUAGGGGUUAUUAUUUUACUAACUUUGACAGCUCUAGCAGGAAUUGUCGUAUUUGCUUAUUAUGCUCAGAAGGGUUGUGAUCCGUUAUCUGCUGGGUACGUGAGCAACUCAAAUCAAUUAAUCCCGUAUUUUGUUAUGGAAGUUUUAGGAUAUCCGGGCUUACCAGGUCUUUUUAUUUCAUGUCUCUUUAGUGGUGCAUUAAGUACCAUGUCGUCAUGUCUCAACGCUCUAGCAGCAGUUACAUGGGAAGAUUUCAUGAAGCCCUUCCCUUUCUUUUCCGAAAUGCCAGAAUCUCGAAAGACCCUUAUAACUAAACUAUUAGUAUUACUAUACGGGGGUGCUGGUAUUGGUAUGUCAUUUAUGGCUAAAAAUCUUGGUGGUACAGUAUUACAGGCAUCUCUUAGUUUUACUGGAGCAGCAUCGGGUCCUCUUCUUGGUCUGUUUUGCUUAGGAGCUUUAUUUAAAUGGGCAAAUUGGAUUGGAGCUGUUGUUGGUGGGAUAUUAGGGUUAAUCUUGCCUCUGUGGAUCAGCAUAGGUGCCUAUAGUGUUACAACCAGACCGUCAAGUCUUGCAUUCCCAACAAAUUCAUGUAGCAUCAGCAAUUCAUCAAUAACCACGACAAUGUCAACUAUUAAUUCCACCAUCUUUGAUAUUACCACUCCUGGCUUUGAAGAACCGUAA